AUGGGGAAUCGGAGUUCGCGCGUGCGGGAUCGUGAGACGAAGGCGCGGCCAGCCAGUCAAGACAUAGGAAACAGCGAUGGACCUGAGGUUUCCGUGCAGCCCGAACACACAGUUCUGUUACUGGGCCCGAGCGGGUCUGGGAAGUCGACGAUCAUGAAGCAACUGAAGAUUCUGUACCAGAAUGGCUACACGUACGAGGAGCUACUAGCAUUUCGGCCGCUAAUUUGGAAAAACCUCAUGGAAUGCACGCACGCUCUCGUGGAAGGACUAGAGAGGUUUCAUCUGGAACCAAGCCAGCCGCAGAACAAGGAGAGCCUACGCAGACUGAAGGAGUACGUCCUCUCCGGUGACAGAAAUUUCCGCUUCGACUCUACAAUCGCGCAAGAUACAUACCAUGUGUGGACAGACGGCACUAUCCCCACUUCAUGGGAACAUUCGCCUCAGGUUGACCUCAUGGACUCGGCAACAUAUUUCUUCAAGCACGCGCGUCGCAUCGGUCAGGAGAACUACGUUCCUACAAACGAAGACAUACUUCGGGUGCGCGAAAGGAUCUCGAGUAAGACGGAAAUACGGUUUACUGAAAACCAACGCUUAAUCUACGUGCUCGAUGUCAUCGGGUCACGAUUACAGAGCACAAAGUGGGCUUCCCUGUUCGGGAGUGUAACAAGCAUCCUGUUCUGUGCCUCCCUCUCCGAGUACGACGAAGCGCCGUCUGGAAAAGAUGGCCAACACGGCAUGAAGGAUUCACUCGCGCUCUUCGACUCUAUCGUCAACUCGCGAUGGUUCUCGCGAACCUCGAUCAUCCUGCUGUUCACCAAGCUCGACAUCUUCAGGCGGAAGCUACCGAAGGUCCCGAUGGAGAAGUUUUAUCCCGAUUACACCGGUGGCGCGAACGUGAACUCGGGCGCCAAGUAUAUAUUGUGGAAAUAUAUGCAGAUGAAUAGAGCCCGUCUGUGCGUCUACCCGCAGAUCGUGGAUGCGACGUCUACGACUAGCGUCCGCUCGGUCUUUGUCGCUGUAGAGGAGGCGGUUCGGCGCACCUCGAUUGACAGGGUUCUCGAACUGCUCUGA